AUGUUUAUCCAUUCAACGACAACUAAUGUAUCCUCACCGACUCAAAAACAGAAAGAUAAUGAUAAUCGACCAAAUUCUGAUUCACAGUGGUCAGAUAUAACUAAAACAACUGAUAUAGAAGUUCCAUGGAAAGCAAAUGUAUUCGAAAUGCCAGUUGCUAUGGAUCCACAAUAUAUAAUUGAUAAUUUUCGUGAACAUCGUGAAGGUGGGUGUGGGAGUAUUCUUUCAACUGGUGAUUUUCAAUCCAUAAUUAAAUCAGAAUUAAAUUUAUCACCAUAUAUUUAUCUUAUUCAACCAAUGACUUCAAAUGAUCAAGCUCUAAUGUAUGCUUUAUGUACACAAGUUUGUUAUCAAGAUGAAAUCGAUGAUCUUCUAGAACAGCAUUCAAUAAUUUUAGCUGAUAAAUUAAUUGAUGGAUAUUUAUUAAGUUCAUUGAAUAAUUUUGAUUUAUGUUUUUGUGUAAAUAAUGGUGAAGAUGAAUUAUAUGCAUUUGUAUUAACAAUAAUUGAGUGUGAAAAAUAUGAUAAACUUAUUUAA